GCCCAGCGCUGGCAGGAAGCAGGAACUCCUGGCUGUCAGACCGCAGCGUUCCGCAGCUCCGGAGAGAACGCUCAGGGAUCAGUGCUGAAUACAAGUCGAAGUUCAGUUAGCGAGAAGCUGUAGGUGUUCAUUGUGACCGAGUAAACCAUGGCAGGAGAGCGGAAGUUCGUGAACCCUUUCCACAGACCCCACUGUUUAUCUGCAGCUGCAACCGCUGGAAAAGCAAAACUCACUCACCCGGGGAAAGCCAUUUUAGCCGGUGGACUCGCAGGAGGAAUUGAAAUCUGCAUCACUUUCCCGACAGAGUAUGUGAAGACCCAGCUGCAGUUAGACGAGAAAGCGAACCCACCACGCUACCGAGGAAUCGUGGAUUGCGUGAAGCAGACGGUGCAAGGUCAUGGGGUGAGAGGUCUGUACAGAGGCCUCAGCUCUCUACUCUACGGUUCCAUUCCCAAAGCUGCUGUAAGGUUUGGUAUGUUUGAGUUCCUCAGUAACAAGAUGAGGGACGAAUCUGGGAAGCUGGACAGCACUCGAGGCCUGAUCUGCGGUCUGGGUGCUGGAGUAGCCGAAGCUGUAGUUGUGGUGUGUCCUAUGGAGACGAUAAAGGUUAAAUUUAUUCAUGAUCAGACCUCAGCAAACCCCAAGUACCGAGGCUUUUUCCAUGGGGUGAGAGAAAUAGUCAGAACACAAGGACUUAGGGGAACGUAUCAGGGAUUGACCGCAACAGUAUUAAAGCAAGGCUCCAACCAGGCUAUUCGCUUCUUCGUUAUGACCUCCUUGAGAAACUGGUACAAAGGUGACAACCCGAACAAACCCAUAAACCCUCUGCUGACUGGAGUUUUUGGAGCCAUAGCUGGUGCUGCCAGCGUGUUUGGAAACACUCCGCUUGAUGUUAUUAAGACUCGAAUGCAGGGCCUGGAGGCGCACAAAUAUAAGAACACUAUGGACUGUGCCUUGAAGAUUAUGAAACAUGAAGGACCAACAGCGUUUUACAAAGGUACCGUUCCGAGACUUGGGCGAGUGUGCUUGGACGUGGCUAUCGUCUUCGUGAUCUACGAAGAGGUGGUGAAGGUUCUUAACAUAGUGUGGAAGACCGAUUAAUGCUGAGAGUGCAGCGAAGGCAGCCCAUGGAACAUGGCCAGACCUUCACAACGUUGCAGUAUCACGGGGAAAGUGAGACAAGAUUGUCAGGGCAAAGCAACAUCACACGAGCUGUGAACGUGUUUUAAGUUCCCUUAUAUAAUUAAGACUAAGAAAAAAAACACCUUUCCUUCAAAAAAUUUGAUGAAAUAAAAAAAAUACUUGAAAAAUUAGUUGAAGAGAAAAACAAAACAAAAAAACGUGAUUUACUCCAUGGAAUGGUUUCAGUUGUGGAGUCUGUGAAAAGCCAAAUGUUUAUAAUGUGGAGGGGGAGAACUGGCUUUUUAACUUUUUUUUUUUUGUGUCAUAGUUUUGUUUCUAGUAUUUGAACCUUUUUUUUUUUUUUUUUUUUUUAAUUUUACACUUGAAAUGACAACUCGUUAAUCUGAUUGCUUUGAAUUGUUUAUUUUCUGAUAUGAUCUCAUGUAAAGACACUAAAAAAAAAAUACACACACGGUUAGUCAAAAUUAUGUUAACACUUAAAUGGUAGAAACCAUUUAUUCACAAAACAUGCAUCAUAUGUGCAAGAUGAUUUACAGGACGGUCUCAACCUGUUCACCGUCGUGUUCAACACACAAAACCCAGCAAGCAACAGUACCAUUUAAUCUGUCAGCCAUUGCAUACGUCUAUCUGCAGGAGAAAAAUAAUCCAUUAGUGUUCACAUAAUUUUGACUAACCCUCCUAUAUGUGUCCGUCCACUAGAUUUUCAUAUCAGAUGCUCAGAUUAUGGAUUUUGAGUUAUACCUAUUAUACACAUUACACUACCAAACCUCCGUAGGCAGGAAAUACAAACCAAAGUGAAAUUGGACCAAGGGAAGCUGCUAUAAAUCUGAUGUGAAGUCACGUGCGUGCAACCCCAAAUGGUCCGUUUUCCAGGCAGAAAGCCUUAAAUGUCCAGGACGUACAUGAUGAUUCAGCUAGGUCUAAAGUUUUUUUUUUUUUUUUUUUUUGGGCCAGAAUGACACGACUUUUACUAUGGAUUUGCAAAACAGUUAUAGGUAAUUUAAUUAAAUGUCUCAUUGAUUGGUUGGCACCAUGUCAUUCAUUUUUGGCACUGUUCCUGUUAUACCAGAAUAUUAGUCGACUCUGUUUCUGACAUGGGACCGACUUUAACCUGUACAAAAUGUUGCCAACAAAGCCAGAACUGUUGCUGAUACAAGAUAGUCAGUCAUAAAAUGUGUUUUUAUUCUUUCUAACCUCUAAACAUAGUGUUGAAAACAUGGAGACCAGGAUUCCGAAUCAGUCGGUACAUGUACAAUGAAUGGACGCUGUCAAGUGUUGACUCAUUUCCGGUUCUGGAUAGUAACUACACGGUAGUCAUUUAAAACGAGUCCCUGUCUCAAGUCCUCUAGAACCAGCCUCAGUCCAACGCAGUCAUAGAUGAUGUUAAAAGUGGUAAAUGUAUCCUGUAGGGGCGCUAUUGAGGUGAUUAUUCGUCGACGGUUACUGGAUCAGCCAGCGAAAACGGCGCAAAAUAUUGUGUGCUUUUCAACACCGUUUCUACGCAUUCUGUAAACUGAGCAUCUGGUACAAAAAUCCCGUGGCGUGAUAGACACACAAAAUUAAAAAUAAAUAAAAAGAUAUAUAUUUGUGCAGUGGUGAGAGGAAGAAAAUACAGCUUGUCCUUGCAUAGGAUUGCAGCAUGUUAUAGCCAUGAAAAAAAGGUUUAAGGAGGUUUAAUAUAAAAAAAAAAAGGCAUGAUGAUGAUGAUGAUGAUGAUUAUAAUAAUAAUAUCUGGUUAUAUUUGAGCACUAUAAGCAGGAAUGCGAUUUCUGUGAAAUUAUACCAUAGUCUGGGUGAUUUUUUUAUUUUUUUAUUUUUAUUUCUUUUUCUUUUGGUCAGAUUAAGCUAAUACGAUGUGAUUUCCAAAAGUGUUUGCGUGCUUAUUUCUUUAUUUCAAGUACAGACAAAUUCUUGGAUCCAAAGACACACUCAACCAUCCUGACACACCACCAAAGCCUUUACCUCCCAGAAACAAACAUUCCUCAGUGUCUCCAGUAAAUACAUGCACUUUUUCAAAACCUUAAUGGAUUUGGUACUAAUUUAAGAGAAGUAAUGAAUUUACUUUAAGUGCCUGACCAGUAUUUACUAGUGCUCAUGAUCAGUGUGUAGCUUUUCUCAUACACUUUUGCCAGUAACAAUGAUGCCAAGUUUCUUUCUUUUUUUAUUUUUCCUUUUUAAUUUUGUUGAUCAAAAAUGAACAACGAUCGAAAUGCAACCUAGAGAACUAUUAGUAGUGCUACUAGCUAGUGUGGGGUCUUGUUCGGUCGACAUUAGAUUUGUGUGUGUGUAAGUGUGUUACAGAGUAUUUUAUUCUUUUAAUAUUUUUAAUGAUGAUGAAAUUCCUAAAACUGCCCCAAAAUGAUUUGAUUUGAAAAGUUGUUCAUGGAUCUGAAAUUGCCUUAAAUUGUUCCUUUUUGAGUGCCAUCAUCAGAUUUGUCACUUUUCCUACCUCAAGAAAUUACCCCCAAAUCCAGUGUCAAGAGGGAAACGUUAAAGAAAUCCCCUCUGUCUCAGUGUCUCCCUUAGUUACAUUGCAUAUGUUAUACGUUAUAUAUGGAUUAAAAUAUCUUUGGCAAAUGUAAAACAUAAAAUGCCAUUUUUGUGUCAUGAUGCAAAGCAAAUGCAGAAAUGUAGAUGUUUGUGCUACUUAAUGUUGUGUGUGAUAUGGGAGCAUAACACUGUGUUUAGCCUGUAUUUUAAAGAAUAAUAUUUGUGCCUAAUUAAUAUAUGGUUGUCUGCUGUAUUAAAAUGUUUAUACCUUAAAAA